AUGAUUGAUCGGACGUCUCGAAUUAAAAAUAAUUUAUCAGAACAAUUGAAAAUUUUUUAUGACUAUUCAAAACAUGUUCAAACAAAAGUAGUUAAACCAAAUCCUUUGCCAACACCAGUAUUUCGUGUUAAUACUGAUGUUAUACCUGUUCGAAAAUCGCUAGCGGUGAAGCUACUUGAUCUUCCUUGUCCAUCGCCAUCACAAGUCCAAUUAAAACUAUCAACAAAUGUUUCCAAUACUAAUACAUUUGACUUGUCUUCACGAGCACCAACUGUUAUUACACCUAGUCGAGAUUUAUCGAAAUUGUCAUUAAGUCUCGAUAAUUCUAAAAGACCAACACCCAAAAUUGAACCACCAUCAAAUAUUAAAAAAACACAAUCAUCAAUAUCAUCUUUUCUUGUAAAUAAAUCUGAAUCAAAUACAAAAUCUCCUUCUCUCAACAAAACUCAAUCGUCAAAUAAGCUACAAUUAGUAAAGACAUCGCCCACUAUCUCAAAAUUAUCGGAAGCAUCAUCUUCAUCAACAUGUCCAUUAUGUUCACAAUCAUAUGAUCCAAUAGCUCGUCGACCCAUCAGCGAAGAUUCUUGCGGUCAUACAAUGUGUUUAAACUGUUUUAUAAAGAAAAAUAAUCAAAAUGGUUGUAUUCAAUGUCAAAAUUUAAAAAAAGAAAGUUCACUAUCUAAAAAAACAACUACAAACGAUGAUUUCGAUGAUUUUGAUCAAGAUGAAUUAUUUAACGAAUGGGAUGAACAAGAAUCUGUGACACAAAAUGAUAGUAAACAAAUCGAUAUGGAUUUUACGAAUUCAAUCUAUGAUGAUGAAACUGAAGAGAGUGAUAGUGAAGAUGAAAAUCAAAUCAAUGCUAGCCAACAGUCAUAUAAAGUUCAAUGGUUAUCUGAAAUAAAAGAUGAUGCAGCUGAAUUUUCAAGUGAUCAUACAUAUAGUCAUACCAAUGACAUGUUAAGGGUAUUUCAUAGUGUAUUUGGUUUAAAACAAUUUCGUUCAAAUCAAUUAGAAGCAGUAAAUGCUGCAAUAUUAAAACAUGAUUGUUUCGUACUUAUGCCAACUGGCGGCGGAAAAUCAUUAUGCUAUCAACUACCAGCUGUGUUGGAUAGUGGUGUCACAUUUGUUAUAUCACCAUUACGAUCACUUAUAUUUGAUCAAAAACAAAAAUUAACAUCAUUGGGUAUACAUUGUGGAGCUUUAACAAGUGAUGUGUCACAAAGAGAAGCAGAUGAAGUUUAUCGAGAACUUUAUAAGCAUACACCUGGAUUGAAAAUUGUUUAUAUCACACCUGAAAAAGUGGCUAAAAGUGAUCAAUUAGCUCAACUGUUAAAAGAUUUAUAUGAACGAAAGCUUUUAGCUAGAUUUGUUAUCGAUGAAUGUCAUUGUGUAUCCGAAUGGGGUCAUGACUUUCGUCCGGAUUAUGCAAAUCUUGGUCAACUACGUGUUAAAUAUCCAGGUGUAAAUGUAAUUUUAUUAACCGCUACAGCUACACCACGUGUACAAAAAGAUAUUUUACAACAAAUGCAUAUUGAUAUUAAUAAGUGUAAAUUAUUCAUACAAUCAUUUAAUCGAUCGAAUUUAAUCUACGAAUGUACAUUGAAAGGCACAACAGAUACAGCAUUAAAAAAAGCAGCCAAUCUAAUUACUUCUCAUUAUUCAGAUAAAUGUGGUAUUGUUUAUUGUUUUUCACGUGCUGAAUGUGAUAAAACAGCAAAAUAUUUAUCAGCAUAUAAAAUCAAUGCAGCAUCUUAUCAUGCUGGUCUGUCUGAUUCCAAACGACAACAUGUACAAAGUCAAUGGGCUAACGAUAAUUGUCAAGUUAUUUGUGCAACCAUUGCUUUUGGUAUGGGUAUUGAUAAACCUAAUGUUCGUUUCGUAAUUCAUCUUUCUAUGCCAAAAUCAAUUGAAGGAUAUUAUCAAGAAUCUGGUCGAGCUGGGCGUGAUGGUGAAAUAUCGUAUUGUUAUUUAUUUUUUUGUUAUCAAGAUUUCGUUAAAAUGAAACGACUCAUUCAAAAUGAUAAUUCACAAACAUCGACCAAAGAAGCGAAAAAAGUUCGUAUUGAUACUCUCAAUCGUGUUUAUGAUUAUUGUUUAAAUAAUGUUACUUGUCGACGAACACAAUUACUUGAAUAUUUUGGUGAAUUAUUUCCAUCAAGUGAAUGUAAACACAUAAAACGAACUGUGUGUGAUAAUUGCCGACAAGUAUUAAAAACAGCAACAAUCGAUUGUACACAAAUGAGCAUUGAUAUUAUCAAAAUGAUAUCAGAAUUUUCACAUAAAAAUAUAACAUUACCAUAUGCUUUGGAAAUACUUCGUGGUGCAAAUACAAAAAAUAUUCGUGAUGCUGGACAUAAUAAGUUAGCUGCUUAUAAUUCAUGUCAUCAAUUAAGUAAAAUUGAUCUCGAACGUCUGAUGUGUCGUUUGAUACUUGAUGGAUAUCUUCAUCAAGAAAUUGUUACACAUCAACAGCAAUCGUUUGAAGCUUCAGUCGCUUAUGUACGUUUAGGUCCUAAAGCUCACAUGGUUUUAUCAAAUCGAUUGAUGAAUCCAAUUGAACUAACCAUACGUACAGAACAAUCAAAUGUAACCAAUGAUGCAAAACGUAAACAGCAGACUCCCAUCGAACAAUUACAUGAACUAUGUUUAAGUGACCUUAAAAAAGAGCUUAAAUCAAUAUUUGGUGAUACUUCACAUGCAAUGAUUGUUCCAGAACGUGCUAUUAAAGAAAUGGUUAAAUUAAUGCCUCGAACGAAAGAAGCGAUGAUUAAAGAUGUUAAUGAAAUAACUGAGGAACGUUACAAACGUUAUGAACUGCAUCGUUUAUUAGCCAUAACAAAACGUUUUGGUCUUGAAUUUGAUGAAAUUCAACGACAAGAAGCAACAGCACGUAAAGCAUUGAUGGCAAUAUCGUCCUCCUCAUCAUCGUCAAAACGAAAAUUAAUUACAAGUGAUGAGGAAGAAGAAACUGACUUUUCGGUUGGUUCUGAUGGUUACAUUAAAAUAAAUAAACAAGGCAAUAAAGCGAAUGGACAUCACAAUCGAUUUGUUAAACGGAAAAAGCGACCAGCAGCAUUUUUUGCUCGACGCAAUGCAAUUGCUAAAAGAAAACGUGGAGGAUUUUAA